AUGGACGCGAGGGCGGAUCAUGCGCAACUGCUACUGAAGGAGGCAGCACUGCUCACCAGCGAGAGGGGACAGAUGUUACCUUACGAGUUGCGGGUCGUGGCCUCGACCUUCGGCCCUCGGGCGGCUACCUUUUUGGCGGAGCCACUAGGAGAGGAGCUGCCAGCAUUGGAGGCUUCUGUGGCGUGUGCGGAGCUGUUGCACGUGCUGUGCCGUUCCAACAUGGCCACACGGCCCGAGUGUCAGCCGGUGCUGUUGGAAGGCUGUGCUAGUUGGCGUUUGGCCUUGCCUCCGGCUGUACUGGUGAGCCUGAUUCCGGCACCAGAGGGGGUGCCAGCUGUGGCAGAAGCCGCCAAAGCGCUUCAGGCACUCGCCGUGUUGCGCCCCUUGGCCACGGCGGAAGUGCAGAGACCCAUGGAGCACGUGCAGGGUCCUCUUCGCUUCGAAAGUGAGGACUCAGAAGCAGACACUGUCGGGAUGCUUUGGGGGCGUCAUUUCCAGGGACAACUGCACUGCGGUUGGUGA